AGCCACUGCCCCCAGCUGCCCCCAAGGCCGGGCAGAGACCAAGGUGGCCAGAGCCCCAGUGCCCCCCCAACACACCCCCUUGGGGGGCAUCAAACAGCCCCCGUCCUGUCCUGUCCUGCCCCUCACUGCCCCCCUCUGCAGGGUCCUGGAGCCCUCCAGGCAGGCGAUGGAGCCAGCAAUGGAGCCAGGGGCCGGAGCAGGGGCCGGGGCCGGCACUGGGGCGCUGCACGUGGUGAACCCCCUCUUCCUGGCAGAGCACGGGGGCCCCAGGGCCACCCGCGGCUGGCGCCGCACCACCCUCCGCAGGACCCUGCAUCCCGCCCAGGCCCCCCAGCAGGCGCUGGAGCCAGGCAGGGCCGGCGCCCCCCAGGCCGUGCCGCUGACCCUCGGCCCCGCCACCAUGGUGCCCCUGGAGGAAGACGAGGAGGAGGAGGAGGAGGAAGAAGAGGAGGAGGACGCGGCAUUGCCCGCCCUGCCACCCUCUCCGCACCGGGCCUCGUGGAUCGAGGGCCCCGAGGACGCGGCGACGCUGCUCCCGGCGCCCUGCCCCGAGCAGGCCGCGAGGCCGCAGGGCCAGGCCGGGGCGCAGGAGGGGCCGCCGUGGCGGGAGGCGCUGCCGGGGCGCGUGCUAAACCGGCUGUCGGCCGUGGGGGGGGCCCUGGGCGGGCUGCUCUUCCCCGAGCGGCGCCUGGCGCGCCGGGUGCUGGAGCUGCUGCGGGAGCCGGGCUCCUACGUGGGGGGCCUGGCCCGCAAUUUCAUGGGGCGCCUGCAGGCCGGCGGCCCCCCGCCCCCCUCCAGCACCGCGCUGCUGCACGGGGUGCGCCAGGAGCUGGCCGGGCUGCGGGACUACCUGUGCGCCAGCUCCGAGCUGCUGGACCCCGCCGAGGGGGACCCCCCCGACCUGGACGUGGGCGCGGUGGUGGAGUCGGCGCUGCACAAAUACCUGCUGAAGCCGGUGUGCUCGGCGCUGUACGCGCGCCUGGAGGAGCUGCACGAGCAGGACGGGAGCCUGGCGCGGCUGCGGCGCAACCAGGAGCGGCUGCGGGGCCUCGGCCCGGGCGAGCUGGGCGCCAGCACCCCCGUGCCCAGCAGCGCCGCCCUGGGCCGCAUCCGGGCCCGCCUGGCCCGCAUGCACCGCGCCUACUCGCCCCGGGCCAAGGCCGCCCUCCUGCUCGAGGCCUGCCGCCUCAUCUACGCCGCCAUGGAGCAGGGCGCCAGCGCUGCUGAGCCCCACGGAGCUGAUGACUUCCUGCCGGUGCUGACCUACGUCCUGCUGCGCUGUGACAUCAUCGCCGUGCAGCUGGACGUCGAGUACAUGAUGGAGCUGCUGGACCCCAGCCUGCUCCAGGGAGAAGACGGCUACUACCUGACCACGUGGUUCGGGGCCCUGUACCACGUCGCGCACACCCCCCCCGCCGGCACCGCGCGGCAGCUCAGCGCCGAGGCCCAGUGCUCCAUCCAGCAGUGGCAGCGCCGGCGCACCAUCCACCCCGGCCAGCGCCGCGCGCAGGUAGGCCCCGCCCGGGGGGGAAGGGGCAGGAGCACGCAGGGCCCCCGGCGGCUCCGUGCCUCAGUUUCCCCCGUCGGACGAGGGCCGCGGCGCCGCCGAGCGCUCGCGGCCUGCAGGAGGGGAAACUGAGGCAGGGGCCGCGGGUCAGCACUCUUAGCGCGGCCUCCCGUCUCCCCAGAGCCCGCUCUUCGGCGCCCUGGAGGAGCUGCCCGCGGAGCAGCACGAGCCCCCCGGCCUCGCCCCGCCGGCCCGCGAGGGGGGCUCGG